GCACAGCGGCGCUUCCAACGCUCGCUGCCAAUGCAAAUCUACGCGUUCACUCUGAACGCCCUUAUUGUUGCCACUAUGCCGCUAACCUACAUGCAAAGCUUGGCGUUCUUAGAGGCGCUCAGUGUAAAUCGCUUGAUGUUCAUCGUAAACGCCGUCAAUUUAACACAGCUGAACGUGCUCACAGCGCUUACCAUAAUUUUGCGAUGGAAGCGCGAAGGCGGAAUUCUCGAAAUGCUCACGCAGCUGCUGGACUUGGAGUGCGAGUACUUUGAGGUGAGUGUGCCAGCGUCGCUGAAGCGAAAUUGCGCGCAAUCGUUUGGCAAGGCUCUACUAUGGACAAAAUAUUGCAGCGUGGUCGUCCAGACGUGCCACCACAUUUAUUCUUUUUUUGCUUUUACGCCGUCGUUCGAUUCAUUAGCGUGGCUGUACUGCGCCCAAACGAUCUGCGUAAAUGGUGUCCUCUUGCAUACGGUGUUGCACUACUUUCUGACUAUGUGGUACGUGUGGGAGCGCUUUUGCUGGCUGAAUGCGCAACUGCGGCGCAUCUUCAAUCUGCUUCUACUGUUGGCGGCUAAAGAGCAUCAUUACACACCUGGGUUGCGGCAGCGCCUGCAGCGUCGCCUAGCGCAGGAGCUCUUAGACGUGGCGCGCGUACAUCGCCGACUCACUGUACUGGUAGAGCGUUUCACCAACUGUUAUCACCUGCAAAUUCUUACUGCACUAAUUAGCAAGGUUAUCAAUAAUAUUUCCAUCGGUUACUUGAGUUUUAAGUAUGGGAACAACCCGAAUUUAGAAGAAUUUAACGCUUUGGACCUAAUCAUCAGCACGGUGGGAUUUAUAUUUAUUAUUUCGGACUCAUUUCUCUUGGAUACACUGUGCGAUCGGUUGGUCAAUGCAACACGUGAAACGGCAGAGAUGCUGAAGCGUUUCGAUGAGCUGCCCGAAAUGGACGACGCAGUGGAGAACGCUUGUUUCUUGCUCUCCCAGCAAUUGCGGCAACACCAGCUGAGGAUUAGCAUUCUUGGCAUGAUUGACAUAAAUAAGCGGCUCUCCUUCUUGGUUUUCGGCGGACUAGUGAAGAAUAUUUUGUUGCUGCUGCAGUGGGAUAUUGGAAAGCAAUUCGAUGAAAAAUAGGAACUGAAGUAUUGCAAGAUAAAAAUUGAAUUUCGUAAUAAAGGAACUACCCUUAACGAG